AUGGCAAAUAAUAACACAAAAGGAAGGAUACCAACAAAAAAAUGUAGGGAUUUUGUAGGCAUAGCAUUUGCCAAUAGCUCAGGAAAAGUUUUGGGUGUCUUGUUGGCAUUUAUUUUGAGCAAUCUUGCACAUCACCUUCUAAAGCCUGUAUAUCAACCCCGCAUAACUUCUGAUAUCGUCAUAGGGCUGGUUCUUGGUAGCAUAAAAAAGGUUCGAGAUUCAUUUGAGCCAGAAGUGAUAAUGACAAUUGAUUUUAUAGUAGAAUUUGGUAUGAUUUGCUACAUGUUUGUGUUGGGACUAGAAAUGAAUUUAUAUGUGAUUCUAAAACCACCAACUCGAGAUGCCAUUGUGGCCUAUGCUGGGAUGAUUUCAACAUUCAUUUUAACUUGCACCAUAACCCCAUUUCUUAAUUAUGCAAGAAAUCCGAGUAUUGCAUUCACCCUUUGCCUGGCACUCACAUUAGCAGGCAAUGGCUCUCAUAUACUCUCUAGAGUCAUAACAAAUCUCAAGAUAGGCAAGUCUGAUAUAGGAAAGCUUGGAAUGGGUGCAGGAGUUCAUGCCGAUAUGGUUUCAAUGCUUUUGAUUUGUUUGGGAAGUAUUUUUUUCCCAAGACUUGCAACUAUUCAAGAUAGCAUUAGAGCAUAUCUCACAAAGGCUGCUGCACUCAUCAUCCAGUCAGUUUUUGCUGCAAAAGUUUCACCAAUUUUCAUGAGCUGGAUUAACAAUGAAAACCCUGAAGGCAAAGCCAUGAAAGGCACACAUCUUGUGUUGUCACUGGCCUUCAUGGUGUUUGUAUGCAGCUGCUCUCCAUGGUAUGGUUACAGCUCCAUUCUCAGUGCAUUUAUGGCUGGGAUUUUUUUCCCCUCUGAAGGGAGAAUCUCAAAGUGGGCAGUGGGAAAAAUCAAUUACUUGCUAAGCACUGUUUACUAUCCUAUUUUCUUCUUUUGGGUGGGUUACCAUGCUGAUCUCCAUAAAUUUGAAGCUGGCAGUUUAGGCACCUGGGCAAGAUUCUUCAUGCUUCUAAUCAUAACUAUAGUUGGGAAAGUUGCUGGAACAGUCAUUUGUGGAGUUAUGUUAGGUUUUCAUUGGCCUGAGUCUGUUGCACUGGGGCUUUUGUUGACUGCAAAGGGUCAUUUUGCCAUUUUCUUGGCUGUCAUUUCCUAUGCUGUAAAUCAAACCACAACUACAACAAGUGCUCUAAUGGUGGUAUGCAUCUUUCUCUCCGUUGUCCACACCCCAUUUGUGGUGGGGCAUAUUAUCAAACGAGCAAGGAAACGUGCACCAACUCGGCGGAUGGCAUUGCAGUGGCUUGACCCAUCACAACAGCUUAGAAUUUUGCUUUGUCUACACGGCCCUCAGAAUCUUGCUUCUACCAUCAACUUCAUUGAAAUUUCUCGAGGGCCAGCUGACCCUGGAAUCAUGGUUUAUGUUACUGACAUGAUUGAACUUACAGACCAGAUCGCCGCCACGCUUGUGCAGCAAGAAGGACUUUCGGAAUCAGUGGACACUGUGACUGUCACAGACAAGGCAGUGAUGGAAAUGAGAGAAGAAAUCACCAAUGGAGUCCAAUCUUACGUAGAUGAAAAUGGUGAAGGUAUCACACUCAAACGAAUGCUUGCUCUCUCAACUUUCAGUGGCAUGUCCCAAGAUAUCAGCAUUUUAGCUGAAGACCUCAUGGUUUCACUCAUCAUCUUGCCUUUUCAUAUAAGACAACGUGAGGAUGGUACCUUAGAUGGCGGCCAUCCCGGCUUCCGAUAUGUCAACCGCAAGCUGUUGAAGAAUGCAACAUGUUCAAUUGGGAUCCUGGUGGAUAGAGGGUUUGGACAGAUGGGAAGAAUUUCAACAGCACAAGCAUCAAUAAAUGUGGCAGUGAUAUUUAUAGGAGGGAGGGAUGAUAGAGAGGCAUUGGCAUAUGCAGGAAGAGUGGCAAGGCAUCGAGCAGUAAGACUGACAGUAAUAAGAUUCCUACUAGACAUCCCAGAGAAUUCACAAAGAAGAAUUUACAAGGACAACACAGCUGAGCAUGAAGAAGAGAUGAAACUUGAUGAUGAAGCAUUUGCAGAGUUUUAUGAGAGACAUGUAGCAGGAGGGCAUGUAGCUUACAUGGAAAAGCACCUGGCAAAUUCAGCAGAAACAUUUGCAACACUGGGGUCAUUUGAAGGGCAAUAUGUACUGAUAAUUGUGGGGAGAGGAGGGAGAGUGGACUCAAUUUUGACAGCAGGAAUGAAUGAUUGGCAACAAUGUCCGGAGUUGGGGCCAGUUGGGGAUGUUCUUGCAGGGGCAGAUUUUUCAGUCAGGACUUCAGUUUUGAUCAUCAAACAACAUGACAGUAAAGGAGACCUAGAUGGACUUGAUGAAGACUUCUCUAUCAUGUAA